AUGCCCUCGACGACAUUCCACAGCUCAGCAAGGCUCCAAAGGCCUCUGGCGUGCGUCACCUGCCAACGGCGCAAGAAGAAAUGCGACCACGAAUUCCCGUGCUCAAAUUGUCGAAAGCGCGGCGUCAUCUGUGUUCCAAGUACACCUGCGCCGCCUCGGAAGCGUAAGCAGUUCAAGAAGGAAUUGUUUGAGCGCCUGGCAAGAGUAGAGCGACUGCUAGAGGGUCUACCUUGCGGUCCGUGUCAGACGUUACAGGCUGAAACGAACAAGUCUUUGUGUACAGCCCAGGGCUGGAGUGGUGAUGGAUUGACGCGCCCCAAAACACCGAAACCGGGCGCGGCAUGUAGGGAUCAUGGGGUUCAGACAGACGAUUGUAACCACGGCCAAGGCAAGACUAGUACUAUUUGA